GGAUAUUGCAUUUUAGAAAGUAAUAAACUAUUCAAAACAUAUUUCAUACUUGAGAACCUACUUGUAAGUUUAUCGAAUAUAUAAAUACCUAUAUUUAGUGAUAAAACGAACAACCUUUAAAGGCAAGUAGACAUUAUCUUUGAAAACCAUAUGAAACCAAGUGAAAAGACAGAUUGAUUUUAUAUGAAGCAAAAUGGAUGGUAUAAGACCAGGUUUAAUAUACAUUUCUAUUAUAGCGAUUUGUUAUUAUUGUGAGUUGAGCGUGUGUCACUCGUCGGGAAAUUUGUCAACAAAUCAUCAAUGGCAGAAAUGCAUUAGAAGGAGUUCUGAUAUUGAGUGCAACUACAUACCAAACGAUAUACCAACCGGUACAAAAACGGUUCAUCUUAGAAAUUUAAACAGCAUUCACUUUCCAGACAACGUAUUGAGAAAAGGAUCGUUUACAACUCAUAACUGGGGACAAGUUAAGCAAUUAGAAUUUUCUGCUGACGAUGACUGGUUAGAGACACACGAAACUGUGAAAGUGUUUUAUUCCUUGUGUCUUUCUGGAUUACAAAAUCUUGAAGUAUUAAGAAUAAGUAUAUCAGACAGAAUUGAAUUCACACCGCAAACCUUAGCCGGUCUUAAUAAUUUAAAACUUCUAGACUUGUCUGGAUGCCGCAGAUUUUAUUUAGAUAAUCUAGUGAAUUCAUUAAACCAGUCAGGUGUGGUACCCAAUCUGCAAAGUUUGAACUUAUCACGUCUUAACAGUUAUCGGGAAGGCUUAACACACACCGACUGGUUUUUCAAAGUAAUCGCUGACAAACAAAUCAAAGAACUCGACAUCAGUUCAACUGGAAUUAAUUUGCUGAACGUAACAGCAUUGUUCAAGAAUUGUCAUUACUUGGAGUACCUGAAUAUAUCUAGAGUGAAGUUGAAUUCAUUUCUGUACGAGUAUUUGUAUCAGUUAUGCCCAAAUUUGAAAUACAUUGAUGCCAGUUUUAUUAUUUUCCCAUCAACAAUAACAGCCGAUUUUGGUCCAACGAGAGUAAUAUCAAAUACAACCAUCGCAUUCGAUCUGAACUGGGCAAUGACCAACCACCUACGAACCGUAGAGUUUAUAAACCUGGCCGCCUUCGUGACAAAGCGGACAAGUUAUCCUAGUUGGUCUGGUUGUUUUUCUGGCAAUUAGACGAUACCGCCGACGGCGGCAAUAUCAACUUGAAAUGGAAGACCGCGUCGCACUGAUAAGGCAAGGUGCAGAAUCACACAAGUUUGUAGUCUUUCUAUCUUAC